CAUGCUUCUGUUAUCUAUUAACGUGUAUUUAAACCUGCGAUGAUUCCUCUGUGUCAAGUUGUGAAAUAUAGUAGUUAAAUGCCGUGGCUGUUGCUCCGUUAUUCUACAUACCGCUAUGGAGGGUAUAAACCAAGCCGAUCUAUUCUCUACCAUAUUCAAGUUCCAAAAGACGCUUGACACGAUCCCAGACUCUCUUUCAGACUUACUCGCGUCUUAUUCUGGUAUUCCUAAAGAUGACCAGCUUAAUCACAUCAUAAACGUACGAGACGGGGCAUAUGACGUUUACCCCUAUCCGUGCUUGGGAGGCUUCCUGUUUCUUAAAUUCAACCUUUCCUCGCACCCUUCGUAUCAGGACCACGUCUUGACCCCGCUGAGGCAGAAGUCCCCGGAAGAUACAGAUGAGCCCCUAUUUCUGGAUUUGGGAACUUGUUUCGGCCAAGAUCUCCGCAAGCUUGUCUACGACGGUGCGCCGGAAGAACGGGUUUGGGCCAGCGAUAUCGACCCAGAGUUUAUCAAGCUUGGGUUUAAACUGUUCAACGACGCCGAGAAAUUCCCAAAGGACCAUUUCCUCUGUCCUGGGGACUUGUUGUCGAAGACGUCUGAGGACCGACUCGGAGUCUUAGAUGACAAGGUUACCAUCAUACACGCAUCUCAUGUAUUUCAUUUGUUCGGUCUUGAAGAACAAAAGAUUGCGAUCGAUCGCUGCUUAAGACUUCUGAAGAAGGAUACCGGAAAGCCGGUGCUAGUGAUAGGAAUUCAGGGCGGAUGCACUAUUCCCACCGCCGCCCUUCAUACAUGCACUCCCAAGUAUAUUCACAACGAGCAGAGCUGGCAAGAAUUAUGGCACGAAGUACGCGAGAGUGACGUAUGGAGAGAUAGGAUCAGGAUGUUAGAAGUAAAAUCGGAGUUGCAAAAGCUUGGAGUUGAGCCUGGGACGGAGUUGGCUUGGCAGAUAUUCGAGGUCUGGGUCGCUUUCACGUAG